ACUCCCAAGGCUUCGGUGACCUGCACCUGUAAACGCGAUGCUCGGAACCUCGUCGUGUGCAUCGACGGGACCGCCAAUCAAUUCAGUGACAAGAACACCAACGUUGUCGAGCUUUACAGUCGCUUGAUCAAAAACGAUACCCAGCUAACGUACUACAACAGCGGGAUUGGAACAUAUGCGAGGGAAAACAGGUUGUCCUUACAGUAUUGGAUGCAGGCUUUGGAUCAUACCAUCGACAUGGCAAUCGCAUGGAACUUCAAGAAGAUCGUCCUCGAUGCCUACCAAUGGCUGUCGGAGAAUUAUAGACCUGGGGAUCGGAUCUUCCUUUUCGGCUUUUCGCGAGGCGCGUAUCAAGUGCGCGUCAUUGCAGCAAUGAUAGAAAGGGUCGGUCUGCUCCAUAAGGGAAAUAACGGGCAGAUAAAAUUCGCAUACGCACUCUAUAUGGCUGCAUUGGCGAGCCAGGAGAAAGCAACUGACCCGUUGGAGUUGAGCAAGCGCUUCAAAAGCACGCUUUCCCAGAAAGAUGUCAAGGUCCAUUUCGUUGGAGCAUGGGAUACCGUUUCGUCAAUCGGGGUCGCCCGGGCGCCGAGCCUUCCGGAGACGACGACGGGGAUGAAGCACGUAUGCGUAUUCCGGCACGCACUCGCCCUUGACGAGGUCCGGGUCAAGUUCUUGCCCGAGUACGCGAACGCGGGUGUUGGUCCGACUCCGAAUAGCCAUACCGAGAACGUUAAAGAAGUCUGGUUCUCCGGCUCUCAUUCCGACAUCGAUCUUAAUCUCGAUCUUGACAAGUUUGGCCCGGCCUUGCGCUGGAUGUCUUACGAAGCGCUCAGGGAAGGACUUCUGAUGAUAGACUUUCAAGGCAAUUGGCAGCAGCUUAAGCCUACCAGUUCUAUGAGAUGGUAUUGGAAAAUCCUCGAGAGUCUUCCCUUCAAGCGACUAUCCUACGACCCGCACAAAGAUAAAGAGCAUGCACUAUACACCCCCCACCUGUCGUCUCCCCGCCAGAUCAUGCAUGGCCAACGGAUCCACGAAUCGGUUCUC